AUGUGGAACAAGCCCCUCGACUUCUGCGGCUACCUGUCCCUCCUGUGGCGCUCCGACCUGCAGCAGGACGAGAGCAAUCCCGUCUACCCCCCGCCCGGCGUGGACGCGAGCGCCCUCGACGACGACCCCAUCGCCCUGUACCGGGCCUGGUCCCAGCUGACGGUGCUCCCUGCCCAGAAGCCCUACCUCCUCCUGAGCCCGCGGAAGCUCGUGGCCCUCGGCCACUGUGGCCACCUCACUACCGCCUAG